CCCGGGUGCUGCCGGGAAGAUGGCUGACACCAGGGCAGCGGCCGAGCACUGAGAAGGGUGCAGGGAAGGAAUCGCUGCCAACGUCUUGGCUCGCGUGGGUGUAUGGUUGUUAGUUUUACAAGUUUUUUCCAAGGCAAUAAAGACACGGGAGCCGCUGUCGGAAAUGGACUGAGACUCUCAGGGAGGUUCAGGGCCGGUGACAGAACUGCGACCCACCCGCUCCCCUCCGCUCCGCUCCGCCCCGCCGGACAACGACGUCCAGCCAGAGCCCCUCUGCGCCCCCCGACAUUCAAAAACAUGUGUAGUGCGCUUUGCUUCAGUGUCCACUGGCUCCAUGUACCAUGCAUUGGCUGCCCUUUGGGGUCAGCUCCCUAACCCGUGGGACAGUCGUCGUUCUGCUUAGGCUCUCCUACCUGUGGCGCCUCUCAAGGCACGGCGCCAGGGCCAGCAUGUAUGCCACCCGGUUCUACAGCGCCGGCAGCAGCGGGGGAAAGCAGGGUCGACGGGCCGGCAUAGUCGGGAUCGUCCCCGAGAACCACCACCAGCCUCUGCCCCCUCACCCGCACUUGCCCCCGCCUCAGAACUUCCCACCUGUCUACCAGGGCAGGCCUGAUGGCCAUCGUCCUCACUUCCAGGGCCACCACCACUAUCACUCACACCCCCAGCCCCAUGCCCAUCUGCCCCCCGCUCACUACCACCCCAACGCCCACCUGCACCACAGCAAAAAGAAGACCUGGAACUUUAUCCACGAGAAGAUGAGCUACGACACCUUUUUCACCAUGAAGAGGCUCAUCGAUCGCUCGCGCAGCGUUGACGAAGUGCUGCGCUGGGUCACCCAGAACCCUGGUAAAAUAUCCUACAACCACUACCCCAUCGCCCUGCAGAAGAUUGGGCAGCUCCUGCAGCUUCAGCAGGCUGUGGGGACUGGGAUGACCACUGCAGUGGGGGGCGGCAGCGGGGCCUCGGAGGGAACCCUGCCUUCCUCUGCUGGAGGAGCAGGAGAGGGUCAUAUCCGCCAGAUCUUGGAGCAGCAGGACUUCCAGACGCUGUGUGACGCCAUUGUCCGGGACUGUGCCAAGUUUGACAACUUCAGCAUCGUCAACUGCCUGUACGCCGUGGCAGCACUGGGCCUACCCAGCGACUCGCAGAUAGUGCAGGUUCUGGAGGAGGAGUCUCGGAGUCGCCUGUCCCAGUUCAAUCAGAAGGACAUCUCCAUGGUGUUCAGCAGUAGCAUGAAGCUGCACCCCUCGAGCCAACACCCACUCAUCGAGUCAUGCCUUUCAGGCCUGGAGAAGAACAUCGAACGUGAGCGCCACCCGCAAACCCUCUUCCUGUUGCUCUCCUACUACCGGCUUAAGUGGCGUGCCCUUCAGGCUGACGGGCACUCGCCUGAGCAGCUGCUGGCCAACCGCAAGAUCCUGAGGCUGGUCAAGCACACGCUGGCCAGCGUCAGCAGUGUGCGUGACCACGAGAUGGCGCUGCUAGACGAGAUGCUGUCGGCCUGCGCUCGCGAAGCCAGUAACAAGUCCCUGGAGCUCAUCUUCAGCUCCCACCUCUUCUACCAGAACCGCCAGGAGAAAUUUGUCAGCAGCCUUGCUGAAGAGCUGCCCAAAAAGGUGGACAGCAUCACUCCCUUCACCAUGGCUCUCAUUGCAAAGUACAUCGCCCGCCAUCGCCUCCGUGAAACCCGACUGCUGGACACCAUUGCUGACUUCCUCGUGAAGAAGGGCGAGUACCUGGACAGCAAGGUGAUCCAGAAGCUUGUGUUCCCCUUCAGUCGAAUGAGCUACCGGCCAUCCAACGAGGCCCAGUUCUUCUCCAAGCUGGAGUCAGUGCUGGAGCUGAAGGCACUGAGCUCCCCACUGGCUACUGUCAACAUCCUCAUGUCCCUGUUUCAGCUUGGACACUUCCCAGGGCUGGUGCUGCACCGCGUCUUCUCUGCCUCCUUUAUCAGCAAUGUCACCAACAGCCCCUAUGCCCUGAUCGUACGGCGGUACCUCUCCCUGUUGGACGCCGCUGUGGAGCUGGAAUACCGCGAUUAUACUGGGCCGCGUCUGCAGGACACACACAAGGUGCUCAUGUUUGACCACGCGCUCACAGCCGAUGAGGUCAAUCGCAAGUACAGCUACAAAGGUCUUGUGGCAGAGGCUCUGCGGCAGCUGGUUGGUGAGCACGGAUACAAGCAGGAUGAAGUAUUGGCCCCAGGGUAUUACACAGAUUUCCUCUUGUGGAUCGAUAGCUCGGGCCGUGUUCUCCCGAUCAGGGCGGGAGGCACAGUUGCCAUGAGUGUGGCUUCGACUCCCUGUGGCCCUGUUGUGCCAGGGGGCGUGGCCCCAAAGUCCCCCGAGGGCCAGGGAUCUGUGGCCAGCCUCACCGCAGACUUCCAGAAGUUCUCCCCCUUCGUGCAGCUAGAGAACGGCACAGAGAAGAGGCCCGGAGAGGAGCUCGUUGCCUCAGAGUCAGCCUUCCUGCCGCAUCACAUGCGGCCCCCUGCGCCCGGUGCCCCGGCCACACAGAGAGUGGCCCCCAAUGGGGGCAGCCCGCUCGACUACACCCCCUAUUACCCACCCUCAGAUUACUACUCCAACCUGGCUAAGGAACAGUCCUUGGAGAGCCAGGACAGCUCCACACUCAGCAGCCCCUCUGACUGCUUGGCUCAGGCCGGACCUCAGGGCACGGGUCCAGGUGCAGGCCCCGACUCCCUCUUCCAGUUCUCCAUCGGCAAGAUCCUGGAGGACGAGGGCGGUGCCGCUGAGCCGGCUCGGGGGCCUGACUGUGAGCUCCCCGCCUUCUACGAGGCUGUGCCCUAUCCUGACGGAGGGGAAGGAGCCAUGUGUCCCGGCUCCCAGCUGCAACUGCACCAGGACACGGUGCCCGGGGAGCACGAACAAGUUAAAAGAGUAAUCAUGUCUGUAAACGACAAGUGGCACUACUGCCACAACUCGGAUGUGCUGGUGGGCUCCCGGGCCAUGAGAGACCGGCACCUGCAGCUACUGGGCUACGUCAUUCUCCAGCUGCCCUACCUAGAGCUGGAGAAGUUAAAUGGCAUUGAGGAGGUGAAGCAGUACCUCCACAAGAAGCUGCUGGAGGUGCCCUUAUGACAGCGGCAGAGAUGUCCGGGCUCACCUCGCACAUCCGUAACUACAGGAGUGAGGCAAGCCAGAGGCGUAGGGUGGGGGGUGGAGGGUGGAGGGUACUUCGAUUGUUAAAGCUGUGGGAUAAGGUAGGGGUGAGAGGUGUUCUACGGAUGGGUGUUCCCUUCCUCAGAUUAUUUUCUGUAGUUGUUCUUCAGUCCCUUUUUAUAUUCUGUACUUAACUGAAGUUGUGAAGCAUGUUGGGGACAGUUCUGGGGAGGGACAGUUUCUGUUGACGAGGUGUGGGGUUGGAAUUGGGGUUGGGGUGUUUAAUGAGUCGCUGACCUGCACACCCGCAGAUUCUGACCUAGAUGCAGGGGCUGUUGAGAUGCCCUGGCGGGAAAGACAUACUAUUGUUUCAAUAACAAAAUGUAACGUCAUGGUUGAUCGGGGUAAACGGUGCCUGAGAACCAAGCGGGGCUUCGUACUAUUUUAUCAGACUGAUGUACCAGCGUGGGAUGUGUGAGGGUAAAUUGGUAGGUGGUACUAUGACAGUUUGCAAAAGAGACUGUAAAGAGUACAUAUAUAUUUUAUAUAAUUCUGUAAGGACAGGUGUCAGUGCAAAGCAGCGCACACAGUAGACCAUGAGGACACUUUAACCUUUGACCUCUUCGACAUGGCUGAACCAGCUCUGCUGCUCUUUAUAAAUCACUAAAUAUGUGCCGUGUUCACGCCAAACUGUUGUGUUCACCCAGUACAGCAGCAAACCAUAUUUGUUGAAGAAUUUGUGCAAUGUUUACUUAUCACUGGGUUCAAAAACCAACUUGUUGGAUGAAUUAAUUUCUUAGUAGAAGCAAUUGUUCCUCACAGCACUUUUGGAUGGGGAGAAGAACACCUGGCACCUCAUUAAUGUUGGUUAUGUGUUCCCAAACACUUAAGUUGUGUUUGUUGUAACCUGUAACACAGAGAAACUGUUUAUUUUAAGCUGCCAGCUGUAUAACAUUAUUUACUGAAGUAUUAAACACCUAAUACUUUCAUUAAUUUAUGACUUUUCAGGACAGCAGUGUUUGGGUGUUAUUUUAGUGCGCGUAUAUUAUUGGAUAAUAUUUGCGUGUGACAGGACACCCAGCUGCAAUUUCUGGACUGAAACCGAAGUGUUUGAAAGGGAAGUGAUUGGACAGGAAUCGUUGACCGUUGUGCUUUGUCUUGAGACUCGGUCAAGGCUCGAGGGUUCGGUCUCCUUGCUGCUCUACCCGACUCGCCACAAGCCCUCAGCCGUUAUCCUCUGUACUUGCUGUAUGCGUUUGCUUUGCACUUUAAAUGAAAAUGUCUACUUUUGUUGUGCACGAAAAAAGGAAUAAUUUAUUGCCCUUCUGGAACGCGUGGGAAGCAGAGAGUGUGUUAUAUGUGAUUGUUGUGAAACUGGGUGGGAGA